AUAUAUUACACUACAAAUUGAAGUUUUCCAGAGGAAAAAGAUCGAAAAUAAUUAAAUUAUCCCUCGAUAUAAAAAUUCUCAGAAGAAAAAGCCAGCAAUGCUGGCGACUCCGAGAACAGCAGAAACCUUCAAAGAAGCGGCGGCACUGUCGUCGCCGUCAGCGGAAGGUGUUUCUGCUGGCGUGCUGGCGUCAGGGGCGUCAGACGACGGGCCCUCGGCAGGCGGGCUGCUGGGCUCGCUGUCUGGGUUUGGUGGGGACGAAGGCUCCUCGUCUGGGGACCCUGCGGCCUCGGGGGCCACAGUCUCAGCAGCUGGUGAUGAGGCCGUGGGCCCCGCUGGUUGCGCUGAAGGCGCUUGUGCCGGGGUGGCUACAUUGGUGUCGACGACCACCUCGCUACUCUUAGGAGUGGCGGCGGCGGCGGGCGGCGACACCGGGGAGGUGCUGGGGGAGACGGCGGCGGAGGCCACCCCGAAACCAGCUUCUCCCAUCCCAAGAUUCUGGCAAUGGAUGCUCGGAUCUACGGAGAUGGUUUCUGCUUCCAUCGUUCCCGUUCGCUUCUGGAUUUCAAACGUCUCUCUUUCUCCCGCAUUCAUUCCUCCAAUCCGUACACGCCUCUGCCUUCUCCGCCCCGCCACCCGUUUAUCUCCGCCAUUCCCCUCCCCCAAUCGCUUCACCUCUUCUUCUCCCCAUCCAUCCAUGGCUCGCUCGUGGAAUGCUCCGACCCCGAACGGCCAAAUCAACCGAAACUUCCCUCCCGUCGAUGCGCCGGAGGACAGGAAAUCGAGGAUCGCCGUCGUUGGCAGCGGUAACUGGGGAAGUGUCGCCGCUAAGCUCAUCGCCCACAACGCUCUCAGGCUCAAUUCCUUCCACGAUGAAGUGAGGAUGUGGGUAUUCGAAGAAGUACUGCCAACAGGUGAAAAGCUCUCUGAGGUCAUAAACAGGACCAAUGAGAAUGUUAAGUACCUACCCGGCAUUAAGCUCGGCAAGAAUGUUAUUGCAGACCCUGACCUUGAUCAUGCAGUGAGGGAAGCGAACAUGCUAGUCUUUGUUACUCCGCAUCAAUUCGUGGAGGGAAUAUGCAGGAGAUUAGUUGGGAAAAUCAGGAAAGACGCUUCGGCUAUUUCUCUGAUUAAAGGGAUGGAGGUCAAGAAGGAGGAGGGUCCGCGCAUCAUUUCCACCCUCAUCACAGAACGACUCGGAGUGAAUUGCUGCGUCCUAAUGGGGGCAAACAUUGCUAAUGAGAUUGCGGUGGAGAUGUUCAGUGAAGCAACAAUAGGAUACAGGGAAAACAAAGAGAUAGCACAUAAAUGGGUUCAGUUAUUCAAUGCACCUUAUUUUAUGGUCUCAGUUGUCCAAGAUGUGGAAGGAGUUGAACUGUGUGGUACCCUGAAAAAUGUUGUGGCUUUAGCAGCAGGAUUUGUUGAUGGGCUGGAGUUGGGAAACAACACAAAGGCAGCAAUAAUGAGAAUUGGCUUGAAAGAGAUGAAUGCAUUUGCGAAAUUGCUCUUCACGUCAGUUAAAGACAGCACAUUUUUCGAGAGCUGUGGGGUAGCAGAUGUGAUCACAACUUGCUUAGGAGGACGAAACAGGAAAUGCGCCGAAGCUUUUGCAAGGGAUGGGGGGAAGAGGUCCUUUGAUGAACUCGAAGCAGAGAUGUUGCAGGGCCAAAAACUUCAGGGCGUGUCAACGGCAAAAGAGGUGUACGAGGUUCUACGUUAUCGGGGAUGGUUGGAGUCGUUCCCUCUAUUUUCCACAGUUCAUGAGAUCUGCACUGGGCGUCUUCCUCCUUCAGCUAUAGUUGAACACGUAGGGCGCACCCCAAAUAUUUUCCCAGGUGGGAGAUUGUGAUGUUUUUUUAAUGAAGUCCAAAAAAAAGGGUCAUUUUUCAUUGAUAUCUAUACCUUUUCUUUUUAACUAUUGAAAUAGAGGUCGCCCUUGUAUAGGAUAUUUGCAUGAGGUUGAUAAAAUAUGGAACCGUAUUUAAAUUCUAAUUCAUUCAAUAAUUUUACAUUGUUGAU